AUGCCCGAGUUAAUUGAACAGAUGUACUGCUCCCAGCAGAUUGUGAUACCGCCCAAAUAUCCCCACAUCUUAAAGCGCUAUUGUAAAGCCGCCAUUAAGACCCAGCCCUACGAUCUGUUACGGUGGUCCUACGAAUACUUCAGCGCGCUGGCCCAGCACCGUCCGCCGCCCGUGAAAUUGCGUCUGGAGUAUCCGGUAUACUGUACCUUGGGCGGCCUGACCAGAGGAUGCCUGAAGGUGUUGGCCCAUCAGUUAUCGAGCAUGGAAGCAGUUCCACUGUUAGCAUUAAAAGCAGCUUGGCAAGGCUUCUGUCUGGAUUAUGAGGAGUUAAAGAGGAUUUUAUGUCUCUGCGAUGUAUACAUGAGAGAGGAUAGUGUUCCAUUGUUACAUUUCGUAGCGGUUGCGGGCGGACUGCUGACUAAGACUCUGACACACACGAUGAUUCUCGUCUGCGAGACUCUCACCAAAGAGCCAGACGGCGGUUCUGCUGCCAUACCAGUGGAACAGUUCCUAACCAUGUAUCGACUACUGGCCCGUAUGGACGCCUCCAAAGAUGUUAGAUACUUCAACGGAUUUAGAGAAGGACAAGCGCCGCCGCCAGAACCUGAAAGCACAGAGAGCGAAAUGGUGAAAUCGACAGAGACAUUGUCUGAAGAGACGUCGUGCGAUGACUUUUGGCAAGACGACGAUCUGAGGAAGUUGAAGUUGAUAGACGACAAAGUAGCCCGCUCGGCCAGAAUAAGCGUGAAGCUGAACAUGCCAAUCAUUGGCAAGAUAGAAAGGUCGCCUUCAGUAGAGAGGGCGGAACAGUUAGAGCGGGAGGAUUAUUUGAGGGAGAGGGCAGGUGAGCCUAAAAUUGAGGUUACCAUCGAAGAGGCAGAAUCUGAAAAUGAGGAGGGUGGAGGUAACAUAGAAGAACAGCAGGCGGAAGCUCAGCCAAUGAAUAUCGCGGAUUAUGUUGAUGAAUGCUUAAUGGCACGCAAUGAGCGCCGUGCUGACCUUAUACGAACCUUCGAUGAGAUCGCCGCGAUCGUUGAUAAGUACAAGACGGCAAACUACGAUUUGGGAAUGGUGGCAGGCCGGCAAAUGUCCACCACAAGCGGUGAAUUUAUUGUUUCACAUUUGGAACGAGAGAUCAUGGACAAAGUGAACGAACAGAUUGCAAUUUUGCCUGACCCAGACUUGAAGAAGAAAAAGGCAAAGCCAGAGGAAGUGGCAAUGAUUCGCGAAGUGCUUGAAAAUUUCCUCGAUGAAAAUAUUGAUGUUAUUGUGCCCGAAGAAGAAGAAGCGGAGGAAGAGGAAAAGCCAUUGCCUAAGAUAAUCGUCGUAUAUGCUGUGCCAGGCAUUGGGCCAUCCGUGGAUGAGGAAAUAAUAAAAGAAUUUGAGCAAUAUGCUCUGGACGUUUCGAAGGAGCAAGCAGAUCUUUUUAUGCCGCGCAAUAUCCGACACUUUUUAUGUCCGCCUUUAGAGAAGUAUAGUAUCAUAAUUUAUGUAGUAGUGUCUUAUUUAAAAAAGAGAUGCAUUGAAUUCUUAUCGGAAAAUGAGGCAAAAACGGAAGAAGUUCCAACAGGAGGGGCGAUCACUGAU